AUGGCAAAGCUUAUUGUGGGUGGCCUGCUCCUCUCUGUUCUUUCAGGAUGUGUAUCCCAAUCAGAUAUGAAGGGUAAGGCAUUUAUUUUCCCUCAAGAAUCAGCCACUGCCUAUGUGUCCCUGAUCCCACAGACGAGGAAGUCACUGCAGAACUUAACGCUGUGUCUGAAGGCCUUCACUGACCUCACUCGCCCUUACAGCCUCUUCUCCUACAACACAAAGACCAAGGACAAUGAGAUUCUUCUAUUUGUGCAAAAAGCUGGAGAAUACAUGUUCUAUGUUGGGAAUUCUGCAGUUACUUUCAAAGCACCCCUAAAUCCUUAUGCCCCAGCCCAUGUCUGUGUGUCCUGGGAGUCUGCCUCUGGGAUUGCAGAAUUCUGGCUGGAUGGAAAGCCUUUGGGAAGGAAAGGCUUGAGGAAGGGGUACACUGUGGGGGCUGAGGCAAAGAUUAUCAUAGGACAAGAGCAGGAUUCCUUUGGGGGGCGUUUUGAUGUAAAACAAUCCUUUGUUGGGGAGAUGUGGGAGGUGUCCUUGUGGGACCAUGUGGUCCCCCUAAGAGAGAUGGCUGACGGGUGUUACAUUGGCAAUCUUAUAAAUUGGCAAGCUCUUUUUUUUGAAGAAAAUGGCUAUGUGGUGACCAAAACCAAACUGUGGGCUUAA